UUCUUCUUCCUCUCGCCAGAUACACAUUCUCAAAGCUCUUCUGCAACUCUUCCAUGGAGCUUUUCGAGACGCAGACCUUUCGUACCUUCGAUCAUCCAUCCGAGAUACCUUUCCCAUACCCUCUCAACAAUGGAAACAGCGAUACCUGGGACUUCCCAGAGAUUCAAAAUUCCGAAUCCUCAACUAUCCUCACUCCAACUAACAUAGAAGAUGAAUGCAGCUCUCCAGUGGUUACAGCAGACUCCAACAACUCCCAUUUUGAAGGAAAAAGAUGCGCCUCCAGCGCAGCUGUGAAGCUUCAAAAGUUUUAUCGUAGUUACCGUACCAGGCGUAUGUUAGCUGACUCCGCCGUAGUAGCAGAGGAACUUUGGUGGCUUGCGAUCGACUUUGCUCGAUUAAACCACAGUACUAUAUCUUUUUUUAAUUUCUCAAAACCUGAAUCAGCCGCAUCUCGUUGGAAUCGAGUCAGUUUGAACGCUUCCAAGGUUGGAAAAGGGUUAUCUAAAGAUGCAAAAGCGCAGAAACUAGCUUUUCAACACUGGAUUGAAGCUAUCGAUCCUAGACACAGAUAUGGGCAUAAUUUGCAUUUGUAUUAUGAGGAAUGGUGUAAAACUGAUGCUGGUCAGCCAUUCUUUUACUGGUUAGAUAUUGGUGAUGGAAAAGGGAUUGAUCUAAAAGAAUGUCCAAGGUCAAAGCUUAAGCAACAAUGCAUCAGAUACCUUGGACCUCAAGAGAGGGAACACUAUGAAUACAUUAUUGACGAAGGGAAAAUUGUUCAUCUACAAAGUGGAAGGUUUCUGAACACGAAUGAAGAAUCGGGAAGGAAGAAAUGGAUAUUUGUAAUGAGUACAUCUAAGAAAUUAUAUGCUGGACAGAAACAAAAAGGAAGAUUUCAUCAUUCUAGUUUUCUGGCUGGAGGAUCUACUUUAGCUGCUGGAAGGCUUGAGGUUGAAGAUGGAUCUCUUAAGUCCAUAUCUCCUUACAGUGGGCACUACCGUCCGACCGAAGAAAGGCUCCAAAGCUUUUUGUCCUUUCUCAAGGAAAAUGGAGUCAACCUUGAUCAAGUUGAUGUCCAGAAGUCAAAUGAGGAAUACGAGUACGAUGAGGGGAAAUUGUUCAAGGAAGAAGUCGCAGUCCCAUUAUCUGUCACUGCUAGCGAAACUGAAGAAAGUAUUGAAGUUUCUGAACCAACCAUAACUGAUACUCAAGCUGUAACAAGGAUCAACAGCUAUAAGAGAACUUUUUCAGGUGGUCUGGAGAGUCCAAGAGCGGAUGUGCCUAGAAAAGCUAUAUUAGAAAGGAUAAACUCGAAGAAAGUAGCAAAGUCAUAUCAGCUCGGGCAUCAACUGUCGAUGAAAUGGUCAACUGGAACAGGUCCGAGGAUCGGUUGCAUUGCUGAUUAUCCUAUGGAAUUGAGAGUCCAAGCGAUGGAAUUGACAAAUCUUUCUCCAAGGAUUUCUCAUAUGCCCUUGGCUUUCAAUCUCUUAUCGCCCACAGCUGCUAAUGGGAACGCCGAAGUAUCGCGUGAAUGAAUCGUUAGUUUUAUUCAAAUGGAUUUGAGUUAAGGUUUUAAGGGUUAAAGUUGUAAGAUUAACUUCUGUUUUAUGUUGUUUAUAAGGCCAGACAGCCUUAAGGCCAAACUAAAUAAUGUGAUAACAAACUUUGUCAUGUCUGUUUCUUAUUGUAAUCCAGUAAGUUUUAAGGAAAAUAAUCUGUUUUUAAAAUA